AUGACCAAGGCCGACCUGAUCAACAACCUGGGAACCAUCGCUAAGUCUGUUCGGUGUGGGUUUCUAACUCCCUACCUGGUGGCUGAGAGGGUGACCGUCAUCACCAAGCACAACGAUGAUGAGCAGUACAUCUGGGAGUCUGCAGCUGGUGGCUCUUUCACUGUCAAAGUUGACACUGGUGAGUCCAUUGGCCGUGGCACCAGAGUGAUCCUGCACAUGAAGGAGGACCAGUUUGAAUACUGUGAGGAGAAGCGCGUCAAGGAGGUUGUGAAGAAGCACUCCCAGUUCAUUGGCUACCCCAUCACACUCUAUGUGGAGAAGUCUAGAGAGAAGGAGGUGGACCUUGAGGAGGGAGAAAAGGAUGAGGAGGCUGAUAAAGAUGCUGCAGCUGAGGACAAAGACAAGCCCAAGAUCGAGGACGUCGGCUCUGAUGAGGACGAGGACACCAAGGACAGCAAGAACAAGAGGAAGAAGAAGGUCAAGGAGAAAUACAUCGACGCAGAGGAGCUGAACAAGACCAAGCCUAUCUGGACCCGUAACCCUGAUGACAUCACCAAUGAGGAAUACGGAGAGUUCUACAAGAGUCUGACCAACGACUGGGAGGACCACCUGGCUAUCAAGCACUUCUCAGUGGAGGGCCAGCUGGAGUUCCGCGCUCUGCUCUUUGUGCCCAGGAGGGCUUCCUUCGACCUCUUUGAGAACAAGAAGAAGAAGAACAACAUCAAGCUGUAUGUGCGCAGGGUCUUCAUCAUGGACAACUGUGACGAGCUGAUGCCAGAGUAUCUCAACUUCAUCAAGGGUGUGGUGGACUCUGAGGAUCUCCCCCUGAACAUCUCCAGAGAGAUGCUGCAGCAGAGCAAAAUCCUCAAGGUGAUCCGCAAGAACCUGGUCAAGAAGUGUAUCGAGCUUUUCAUAGAGCUCUCAGAGGAUAAAGAUAAUUACAAGAAGUUCUACGAGCAGUUCUCUAAGAACAUCAAGCUGGGAAUCCAUGAGGACUCUCAGAACCGCAAGAAAUUGUCAGACAUGCUGCGCUACUACACCUCCAACUCCGGUGAUGAAAUGGUUUCCCUGAAGGACUACGUUUCCCGCAUGAAGGACACCCAGAAACACAUCUACUACAUUACUGGUGAGACCAAGGAACAGGUCGCCAACUCUUCCUUUGUGGAGCGCCUCCGCAAGGCCGGCCUGGAAGUGAUCUACAUGAUUGAGCCCAUUGAUGAGUACUGUGUCCAGCAGCUGAAGGAGUACGAAGGCAAGAACCUGGUCUCUGUGACCAAGGAAAGUCUGGAGCUGCCUGAGGAUGAGGAUGAGAAAAAGAAACAGGAGGAGCUGAAUUCUAAAUUUGAGAACCUCUGCAAGAUCAUGAAGGACAUCCUGGACAAGAAAAUUGAGAAGGUUUCAGUAUCCAACCGCCUGGUCUCCUCCCCCUGCUGCAUUGUGACCAGCACCUACGGGUGGACAGCCAACAUGGAGAGGAUCAUGAAAUCUCAAGCUCUCAGAGACAACUCCACCAUGGGCUACAUGACAGCCAAAAAGCACCUGGAGAUCAACCCAACCCACCCUAUUGUCGAGACCCUGAGAGAGAAAGCUGAGGCCGACAAGAACGACAAAGCCGUGAAGGACCUGGUCAUCUUGCUGUUCGAGACUGCUCUGAUGUCUUCUGGAUUCACACUGGACGACCCUCAGACCCACGCAAAUCGCAUCUACAGGAUGAUCAAGCUUGGCCUGGGCAUCGAUGAUGAUGACUCAGCAGUGGAGGACAUCCUCCAGCCCAGUGAGGAUGACAUGCCUGUCCUGGAGGGAGAUGAUGACACCUCUAGAAUGGAGGAAGUUGACUAAAGAUAUUACAGCAGUACAUUAUAUUUCUCCCUUUUAACUCUUUAUUUUGUAAGUAAAUUUUUUUGUGUCCCAAAUAGACUUUCCAAUUGACAUUUUCCAUGACUGUCGAGCUGUGGGGAAAGUAUUGAAUUUAAUCAAUCAUAAUUAAUCAAUACCAUAAUCAUAUAGUAUACCGGCUGCCUAUUCACAUAGUAUAUAGUAUACCCUAUUCAACUGUACUUUAAUAAUAGGCUAUUUAAUGUCAAGUCAACAGGGAUUUGACUUGUCUUUUUGUAACUGUGAGCUAUUUUCUAUGAAAAACGACAAGAUUUAUAAUAAAGAUGUAUUUAGAAACAUAUCUUA